GGGUCCACAGCAUCCCACCUCUGUGCCUGGGGAGACAUGAUCUCAAAGAGAAAGAUGCCUCUCCUACUAGUGCUCAGCUUGCUGGCAAUACCACAGCCUGGGGACGGGACGUUUCAUCUGAACAUCACAGAAGGCUGCAAACUCAUCUUCCCUCCUUGGGACGGUGGAAUCCGCUACCGAGGCUUGACCCGGGAACAAGUGAAGACUGCGCGUUUCCUGCCCUUCGACUAUGAGAUUGAGUACGUGUGUCGUCCCGAACGCGAGAUCGUGGGGCCCAAAGUGCGGAAGUGCCUGCCCAACGGCACCUGGACCGACAGUGAAGUUGAGAGCCGCUGCUUACGCACCUGUCCCAAGAUUCACUUGAGCCUGGAGAAUGGGCAUGUGCAUGUCCGAGCGAUGGAAAGAGUGCCUGUUGAGGGCACCUGGGUGGAAUAUCGCUGCAAUGCUGGCUUUCACUUGGUGGGUAGUCCCCGCAGCAACUGCACCAAGGUGGGCCGCUGGAGUUCCUCCAAGCCUGUCUGCGAACUGUGGCGCUCUUCUUCUCCUAGAGUGCCAGGCAAGAAGAGGCUGCACAUCGGGGCGCUCUUCCCGAUGACCGGCGGCUGGCCGGGGGGCCAAGCCUGCCUGCCCUCCGCCCAGAUGGCCCUCGAGGACGUCAACAACCGCAGGGACAUCCUGCCCGACUACGAGCUGCGCCUUGACCACCGCGACAGCGAGUGUGAACCUGGUGUGGCAACCAAAUUCCUGUAUGAGCUCCUCUAUAAUGACCCCAUCAAGAUCAUCCUUAUGCCAGGCUGCAGCAGUGUUUCCACCCUGGUGGCUGAGGCUGCACGCAUGUGGAACCUCAUUGUGCUCUCCUAUGGCUCCAGCUCUCCGGCGCUGUCCAACCGCCAGCGUUUCCCCACCUUCUUCCGCACACACCCUUCAGCCACGCUGCACAACCCUACCCGCGUGCAGCUCUUCAAGAAGUGGGGCUGGACCAAGAUCGCCACUAUCCAGCAGACCACAGAGGUGUUCACCUCGACCUUGGACGACCUGGAGGAGCGAGUCAAAGAGGCUGGCAUUGAGAUCACCUUCCGCCAAAGCUUCUUCUCUGACCCUACAGUGCCUGUCAAGAAUCUCAAGCGCCAGGAUGCCCGCAUCAUCGUUGGGCUCUUUUAUGAGACUGAGGCACGAAAAGUCUUCUGUGAGGUGUACAAGGAGCGCCUGUUUGGGAAGAGGUAUGUCUGGUUCCUGAUUGGCUGGUAUGCUGACAACUGGUUCCGCAUUAAGGAUGCAAAUAUUAACUGCACAGAGGAGGAGAUGAGGGAGGCGGUGGAGGGGCACAUCACCACAGAGAUCGUCAUGCUGAACCCAGAGAACACCCGCAGCAUCUCAAAUAUGACAUCACAAGAAUUUAUUGAUAAGCUGACGAAGCGUGUAGAAAAAUCUCCUGAGGAGACAGGUGGCUUCCAAGAAGCGCCGCUCGCCUAUGACGCCAUCUGGGCACUGGCUCUUGCACUAAACAAGACCUCAGCUGAACUGGUGAAGAAGGGCCUACGUCUUGAAGACUUCAAUUAUAAUAACCGGACCAUUACAGACGAGAUCUACCGAGCACUCAACUCCUCAGCCUUUGAAGGAGUCUCGGGACAUGUGGUCUUUGAUGCCAGUGGCUCUCGGAUGGCCUGGACACUCAUUGAGCAGCUACAGGAUGGCGUCUAUAAGAAGAUUGGCUAUUAUGACAGCACAAAGGAUAACCUCUCCUGGUAUGGCAAUGAAAAAUGGAUUGGGGGUGUUGCUCCAUCUGACUACACAAAAGUCAUCACCACGUUUCGUUACCUCUCCCAGAAGCUCUUCAUUUCUGUUUCAGUGCUGUCCAGCCUGGGUAUCCUAUUGGCCAUCAUCUGCUUGGCUUUCAACAUCUAUAAUGGACAUGUCAGAUACAUCCAGAACUCUCAGCCGUACCUCAACAACAUGACUGCUGUGGGUUGUGCAAUGGCACAGGCGGCGGUCUUCCCACUCGGGCUGGAUGGCCUUCACAUCGGUGCAAGACUCUUCCCCUUUGUUUGCCAGGCUCGGCUUUGGCUUCUGGGCCUGGGUUUCAGCUUGGGCUAUGGUAGCAUGUUCACCAAGAUCUGGUGGGUGCAUACCGUCUUCACCAAGAAGGAAGAGAAGAAAGAACGACGCAAGACUCUGGAGCCCUGGAAACUCUAUGCCACUGUUGGGUUGCUCGUUGGACUUGACGUGGUCAUCUUGGCCAUCUGGCAAAUUGUCCACCCACUGGAACGCACCAUUGAGGAGUUCACCAAAGAAGAGCCCAAAAGCGACAUUGACGUGCUGAUUCUACCCCAGCUGGAGCACUGCAGUUCCAACAAGAUGAACACCUGGCUGGGGAUCUUCUAUGGCUUCAAGGGGCUGCUGCUGCUGCUCGGCAUCUUCCUUGCCUAUGAGACCAAGGGGGUCUCCACAGAGAAGAUCAACGACCACCGAGCUGUGGGCAUGGCGAUUUACAACGUGGCUGUUUUGUGUCUCAUCACUGCUCCUGUCACCAUGAUCCUCAACAGCCAACAGGAUGCCGCCUUCGCUUUUGCCUCGCUCGCCAUUGUCUUCUCCUCCUAUAUCACCCUGGUUGUGCUCUUUGUGCCCAAGAUGCGGCGUCUCAUCACCCGAGGAGAGUGGCAGUCGGAGCAACAGGACACUAUGAAGACCGGCUCAUCCACCAACAACAACGAGGAAGAGAAAUCACGAAUGCUGGAAAAGGAGAACCGCGAACUGGAGAAGAUAAUUGCUGAGAAGGAAGAGCGUGUCUCUGAGCUCCAGCAACAGCUCAAAGAGCGGCAGCAGCUGCGUUCCCGGCGGCGCCCUCCAACUGUGCAGCUGACAACCACUUCAACAACUCGGCCUCGGCCUCAGCCGCCACUGGUCCCAAUCUCUACCAGCCCAGCCUGCCUCUUGUCCGCUGCCUCGUAGCUGAACAGGCCGACAAGCUGGGGCGCAACAACUGUGACGGUAGCCGUGUCCAUCUGCUCUACAAGUGACAGACCUCACAAGCCCCACUGAGGGGGAGGGGGGCAGCACCUGCGCAGCCAGGGUGGGGUGGGCAGCAGCCUAUGAAGCUGGUGGGUAGGGACUUCUGCAGCUGACUGGGGAGGUUUUUUAAAAAAACAAAAACAAAAACAAAAUAAUAUCUCUAGUCUUUGUAAACUAUCUUUGUGUCCAUCCACCUGCCUGCCCUUGGAACCUGGAAUCCAGGUGCCAACUCUAUGAAGACUUAUUUUAGAAGUAGUGGAUCACCGGGACUCCUCCCCUCCUUCCCCACACACACCUUGGGUCGGUAGCAGUUGGAAGCAUGGUUCAUCAGGCAGACAGGGUGUGUGUGUGUGUGUGUGUGUGUGUGUGUGUGAGAGAGAGAGAGAGAGAGAGAGAGAGAGAGAGAGAGAGAGAGAGAGAGAGAGAGCAUGAGCGCAUAUCAAGAUGAAGAACAAUUGCCUCAUGUGGUUCCUGCUGCUGUGCACUUAUUUAGAGACAAUUACUGGUGGUGGCAGCAGUUAGACUAGUGUAGCACAACCAUGCCAAAUUUGUUGUACAGUUGGGCUGUAGCAUAGCAAUUAUAGAAAGAGUUAUUUCCCUUCAUGCUGUAAUGCACAAGUUGUCCUUGUCAGUUUCUCUGAGUGGAUAACGCAUAGCUGUAGCUUAAUGGUCAGGCAGAAAGAGGAACCAUAGCUCAGAUGUGGUCUGCUUGUAUAAAAAGUAUUAAAAUGAACCCACCUACUCACAGACCAAGCCAGCCUGUAGCACAGUCAUCGGAACAUAAGAACAGCCCUGCUGGAUCAGGCCCAAGAAGGCCCAUCUAGGCCAGCAUCUUGUUUUGCACAGUGGCCCACCAGAUGCCACUGGGAGCCUACAGGCAGGAGAUGAGGAGUCAUGCUGUAGUGGACAUCUGUAUCGAAGCACUUUUGUAUAAUAGAAAGACUGUGUCAUGUAUGCCCAAACAAUUACAUGCAGUUAAGACUGUAGUGGAUGAAGUUGCAUGUGUACACAUGAAACUGGUCAAAUUACUGAUUGUGGUUGCCUGUUUUUGUUGGAACCAGCCUCAUUUUGACUUCUCGCAACACUCCUGUCCAGUCAGGUUAUACUGACUGGUGUGCAACUACAAUUAAUUAAUUUGCAUGUAAGCUUGAACUGUGAUGCACAGGCAUGAUGGAGAUGAGGCUUAAAUACAGUUGGCUUGAGUACAGGGAUGGCAUGUGCUGCCAUGGGAUGUGGUGAUGGCCACUAGCUUAGAUGACCUGGAAAGGGCAUUAGACAAACGCACGGAGAGGAAAGAGCUCUUUCACCGGCCAUUAGUCAUGAUGGCUGUGUAGAGCCUCCAUGUUCCACAGCACUCCAUCUUCAGUAUAUUGUGAAUGCUAAUUGCUGUGGGGGGGGGGCAACAGCAGGGAAUGUCUGUUGCCUUCAAGCCCAGCUUGGAAGCAACUGGUUGACCACUGGAAAAACGGGAGUGCUGGUUGUGAUGGAUCUUACAUGGCUUAUGACUUGAAGGGAAAAAGCAGGCCCUCCUAUACAUUCUCCGCUGCAGAAUACCGCGGUAAAUGUGAACCGUGAGUCUAUAGGACUUCCAGGGUACUGCCAGAAGAACAAAGGAAAACUCAAGAAAGUUGCCUCUUUUUAGAGGAACGCAGAAUUGCCGUGCCUGCGCCUUUGAAGCAAAAUGCAUAGAAAAGCAUCUUCCCUAAGAAUAUGGGGUCCAACUGAAGCUUGUCAAGCUGGGGCUGUUCCUACAGUAUGUUUGCACCCACUGCUCUUGCUCCAUAGCCCGGCCUUCCUAUGCUGGACUGUGCAACUCAAGGGAGGGCCAUCCUCACCACGAAUGCCUUCAGCUCUCCCCCCACAAAUAAUGUAGAGAGCUGGAGCCACACAGUACAGGCAAGGGUUGGACAGGAGGCUGAGCAAUAUUAGGAAACAGGGACCAACAGCUACCUUGCACCUAGCCCUGGGGCUGCCUCAGUAUUGUGAGUGCGUGCGUGCGUGUGUGUGUGUAUGCAGUAUGCAUGCACAUGUCAGUGCCAGUUCCUCCCCACACUUUCCCCCUUUUUAGCACUUUAUUGCCCCAGCAGAUGUGGGGAGUAAUGGGUGCUGCCCAGGUUGCGGGGGAGAGGGAGCCCCGAUGCCUGCUAGACUUACCCAUCCGGCAUACAGAUGUUCGCCAGUAAAAUGAUACAAUACGA